GUAACUGCUAGACAUCCUAGAACUUUAAAGACGGAACAGACCUGAUUUGAGGGGAUAAUGCUAAGGGACACUAUGAAAUCUUGGAAUGAUAGCCAGUCAGAUCUCUGUAGCAGUGACCAAGAAGAAGAAGAAGAGAUGAUUUUUGGUGAGAAUGAAGAUGAUUUGGAGGAGAUGAUGGAUUUAAGCGAUUUGCCUACCUCCCUUUUUGCUUGCAGUGUUCACGAAGCAGUGUUCGAGGUGCAAGAGCAGAAGGAGAGAUUUGAAGCACUUUUUACCAUCUAUGAUGACCAAGUUACAUUUCAGUUGUUUAAAAGCUUUAGAAGAGUCAGAAUAAAUUUUAGCAAACCUGAAGCAGCAGCAAGAGCUCGAAUAGAACUACAUGAAACAGACUUCAACGGGAAGAAACUGAAGCUGUAUUUUGCACAGGAGAGAAAUACGAGCUUCAUGCAGGAACUGAGUCAACCCCGAGCGUGGUGGUUCACGUCUGCGAAAGCGAAACGGAGGAGGAAGAAGAAACCAAAAGCCCCAAACAGAAAAUUACCCAGACACGGCGCCCCGAGCCUCCUACCGCGGCCCUGAGUGAGCCUCAGACCUUCGACUGUGCGCUGUGAGGCCUUGGGUUGUGGCCAGGUCCCAGUUACAUGCCCCCAUGGCAGGUGCGUGGCUGCUCAUAGCGUAGGGGAGACUGAGGCAGGGGGCGCGGUGUCUUCUCACCAUGCCUGUACUGCAGACGUGCUAGUGUGGAGUAGCAGCUGAUUUCACCUGUUCAGAAGUUUAAGUGAGAUUCCAAACAGCACUUUAAAUGAAGGGAGUAGUCCCCAAGAUGUGGCAACUCUUGACCAUUUUAAACAGAAGUAAGUAAGGAAAAUGGCUUCCUCCCCCCCGCCCCAGCAAUGUUAGUUCCCCUAUUUUCUUUCUGUAUAGCAUGGGGUACCAAAUACUGGAACUAUAGUCACCCAGUGCAGUACCAUUUUUAUGAAUUUAAAAUUGGUCUUAAAAUUUUAAUAAUCUAGUGUGGGUAUUUUUGUACUUGUGUAAUAGCUUCUAACAUAUUGAUCAAAAGUUAGUUGUUACUCAGUAUAUAUGAAAUUUUUUGCAUGAAAAGAAACCUAAAAUACAGAAGGAUUAAUAGAAAUCAUUUUUCCCAAGUAUUUUUCCAUUAGCUUUGGGAAAGAAAUGCCAAAUCCACUGGCACCAAUGUGCAUGUUUGUCCCUGUGGCUCUUACUUGGAAGUCGGGGGAGAGUGAGGCACAGACCACUGGUCCUGAUGCGUCAGCCCUGCAGAGGUGGGCUGCCCAGAGUGAGCUGCUGCUUUGGAAGUGGGACAUAUCACCAGGAAGCUUCGCUGAUUAUGAUUUCAGGGGUCUCCUGCAUUCUGCCACUUGUGACCAUGUUUUUGCCUGUAGAGGACCAAACUGUCUUCACGCACCAGUUGUUUAUCCCAUUUCCUGUUUCAAUAUUGUGUUAACCAUUAGUUCUUGUGUUUUUCUAUGCUGUGUGUAUGUUUGUGGAUGUCAGUCAUAGAUGCUCAGUUAGAAAGAUAAUAAGAUUUUCUGAGGACCAUUUUAAAAAUGUCCAUUUAAACAUUUUUCUGCUUGCUUUGAAAGAAAAAUCACACAUAGUAUUUUGCUAUGCAUUUAGAAACGAGGGGGGAAGUCAUUUAGUCAUACUUUUUUUUUUUUUUGGAUGAAAUUUUUGACCUUGGCUUGCAGUUGGCAUUUUUCCCUAAAACAGAAUUGUUUCUCACUUAUGUUUUAGAAUGUAUAUUCAAACCCCCUACAGUAGAAGCACCGUCUUUUUAACUCUUGGUGGUCUAUUCAGACUUUGAAGUCCCUUUAAUAGAAGUCUCAUAGCUAAGAAUUCUUUUGCUUUUGAUUCUCUUCUCAUUAUGCUAUUUUCUUUGGGUGGCAAAUGUCCAGAACUCCCUGGCAUGUAUGUUAAGGGUUUGCAUAUAUGAGUUAGAACUGAUAAACUAAUGUGGCUGCCACUGCAAAGAAAAUGCAGAAAUUCAAGCCAUGAUGUCAGUACAUUUAACGUGUUAUUGUGGUUGAGUUCUUAUUGUGAUAGCAUUUAUUUCUGAGGGCUUAUAUUGCACAAAAAAAUUAUAUUUUCCUUGCACUCAAAUACUCUGAGGUGAUAAACUCUUCUAUUUAUAUAUAUCCACUAUUGUAAGCCACAGUGUAAAUUGAGUUGAAAUUUGCAAUCCCAUAAGCAAUUAACUUAGUUCAGAUCAUCAUUUGUCAGUUUAACUGGCCACUUAAAUACAUUUACUUUGCAGUUCUGCACUCAGCAUUUUGCUCAUUUUGAUUGCAGGACAGACCCCAUUUUCUAUGUCAGAAAAUGUAUGUAUUUUCAAUAAUUGGGAAUUUUUUGAAUUUCCUUGUAGGUAAUAUUUACUCGCUAUAAUUUUCUAAGUGAUAUAAGCCCAUGAUGUUUUGUUAUUUGGCUUGGCUUUCAUUCUCUACCUACCAAUUAAAAAAUACCCUAUUCAUAACACGUAAAACUUUAAAAAAAAAAGUCAGCCAAUGCAAAUUACCCGGUGUUUUUUCUAUUCUUUUUUUGGUGGGGAGCGGGGGCGGUGCAGAGUAUUGAAAACUUUGAACCUAAAUUUUAUUUAUAUAUAUAUACACUUAUGUGUGUCUGUACAUAUAUACAUUUAUAUGUGUGUGUGUGUGUAUAGAUACAUACACAUAUAUAUGAAUGUCUGUAGAGAGUCAUUUAUACUUUUCUGAUUGAAGAACAUUAAUAUUUUCAUUUUUCCUAGUACAUUGUUUUCAUAAGGUAAAUUCUAAAAGAAAAACUAGUAAAUGCCCAUCAACUUUUAAUAUUGUGAAAUCAGCAAGGAUCUCAACCAGUAAUAUGGUCUCUGUCCUUUUGUGGCUAUUUUAUAUCCAGUUCAUGUAACCAUUUUACAAGAGAUGAGUCUCAUGUAUCUUUUUAAAGUUCUUUUAAUAAAUUUACCUGCAUUUUUUAAUUCUUUGAAAUCGAGUAACUACUUAGAUUUAACUCUUUUAGUAUAGUAGCCAUGUUUUUUUAGAAAUCAUAACCUCUUCAUGGGAACCAAAUUACGUAGAAAACUGAGGAAAGAUGGUGUUGCUUCGUGUCAUGGGAAGACAUGUGAAGGAUAUGAAGACCGAAUUACUUAACAAAGAUUGUAGAUUCUUUAAACAUACCCACCUGAUAAAGCCAGAGAUAAAUUAAAAAGUGUAGUAGGGAGCCUCUACUAGGUUUAAGGUGCUAAGAGGCAGAAAUAGGCAGGAACAGUUUCCUUGCCUUUGGAGAGCUGAAAAACAGGUACACAGCACACUAUGCUUUUCACAUUCUGCUUCUUCAGAAUUUACAUGAAACCUGUCAGUAAUUAAGAGCCAAAUCAAAGUUACAAGGAACUUUUAAGCUCAACAUAAAGGUUUAAAUAGAACAUCGCAGUCGUCCAUGGGAUGUUUGAAUUGAAGAGAUACCAGGAGAUAAAGGUCAGGUCCAGUACUUCCAUUUUUUUAAGAAUACGGUCUUUGUUUCCCAUUCCCAUUAAUUCCAUCUUUUAAAACUGUCAUGAUUAUAAAAUAAAAAUAUUUGGUUUUCUUAGAAUGUCAGUUACAGAGCUGAAGGUCACUUUGGAAAUCAUACAAUCUAAUCCUUGUGUUACACAGAUGAGAAAACUGAGGUUAUGGGCCUUGCUUAGGAGACCACAGCGAGGCAGCCCAGGGACUAGAACUGGCAUUCCCAACUCGCCGGCCGGUGCUUUUUCUACUUUUUCUUGCAUUGGCCUCUUAAAGAGGCAGUGAAUAGUAAUACCUAUCAUAAGAAAAAAAGUGGGCUGGGGAAGGAAUUCUUUUUCCUCUGAUGGGAUACAGUGAAUGAGAAAUGAAUAGGAAAAAUCUUAUCUGAUGAGAAAGGUGACUUAGUAAUUUUAGUUAAUAAAUUUGAUGUUCCAUGUUUUGUGUUUUUGUUUUCCUUGAACCAUUGGGUUGGAAUCCACUUAAAUAAUGUUACCUUGGUAGCCAGCAAUUAUGUUGGCAUUUUAUAUGGGCUUUUCUAGAUUUUCAUGUUAAUGAAAUUAAAAUACAUAUAAAUAGUCGUACUUAACGAUGCGACUCUAAUGAAGCGGAAUGAGAUCUAAUAUGAUUUGGAAAUGGAACAUUUUGCAGGAGAAUGACACUCUCAGUGCUUGUAAAAUUGAGUCCUAUUCAAAAUCAAAGACUGACCUGUGCGUCAUGUUUUUAUGCAGACUCUUACAGACCAUGGAUUUAUUUUGAAGGAAAAAUCCCAAACAUAAUUAAUAGAAAAUGUACUAAAUUAUGUGGUGUGUCAGGUUCACUGUCCACUGGAUUUCUCUCUUUUCUCCAGAGUUGUGAGAAAAUACCUAUCGUACAGGUGAACUUGGUCCAUCUUUCCUUCUUCCUCUCCAUGUGCUUCUCUUUUGCACACUUGCAUUUACAUUUUCCUGUAUUAAAGGAAGCAAAUUACUUACAGUAUGACAGUAUAAAGGAACAAAAGAGUUGGGGAAAUAGUUGCCUCCUAGCUGGGGCUGUAAGUCAAUGUUAUAGAAACACACUCUCUUAAAAGUUAAAUAAAUUUAAAGAAUAAGAUUUAUGAACCUUGUCCAACAAUUUGAUAAAUACUCAUUUGUUUUUUUAAACUCCCCUUGGAGUGUAGGUCAUCCAGAACAUCAUCAUCAGAAUGCCAUUGUUUUCUUUAAUUAUGAAUCAGGGGAAAAUGUGAAUAAUUUGGAGAGUGUCAUUAUUAUCAGAUGUACAAGCAACAAGGCAACUGAAAGCAACAACAACCACUAGGUUCACUAAACCCAAAAGAUUACAAAAAUUGUCAUAUUCAAAGUAAAGUUUCUGGCCAAAGUUAAGAAGAACUAGCCUUGGACUGGGUCAAAAUGUCUCUCUCCAUUUCAAUAAAAGUUUAAAGACCUUUUACCAAAUUAGACAUAUGUUCUAUCUGACAAACCUACAUUUCCUUUUGAAACAAAAUCGUAUCCUGUAAACUCUUGGAACUCCUGCCUGGCUUUGACUGAAUUGUUCAUUCUUGUUGUCAUGGAUGACUUAUAUCCAUGCAGAGAACGUGUGUUUUGCUGUAUUGUUUUCAAUCUAGCACUCAGUCUUUCUAACUCCCACUGGGGACUGAAGAGAGAGAAAGGUGGCUAAUCCCAUAAGUGUGCCAUAUCCUCCCACCGCUUCUCAAUCCGAAGUGAGCAUUGAUUUACGUUAUUGUGCAUACCCUCCACGUUUGAGAAAACUUUCAUUUCACGUAGAUCUUAAUUGUACCCAGGAGUUAGAUUUAUUAUUUUAUGUGAACAUGUUUGUGAUCCUCUGUUACAUUUUGGGGCACGUUACCUUUCUGGUACUAUAAGCUGUAGUGAAUACUCACUGUACGUCUAAAACAACUGGUCAGUAAUUCAUGUACAGUAGUCCAUGUUUUAGUGUGCUUGAAGUGACAAUCCACAGUUUGUAGUAGUUUGUUAAUUGUCUACUUUAACUCUCCUGUGUUUUGAGGACAUUUAAAUAUUCCUUGUCCUACCAAGGUGACAAAAGCAGAAUGUAAUGUGAUUACUUGUUAUAAGUUUUGUUUUUAAAACCAAUAAAAAUAAAGUUAGUUUUUUUUUAAUCAG